CUUAUCUCCUCCCCCCUAUUUUCUUUGUUGGUUUCUUUGUAUGCCGACCUAGAUUCUAUAUCCAUUUCUAAAGGAAGUUAUAGAUAGACCUAGAUCUAGAAAUAAAAUUAAAAUCUAAAGAUCUCCGUGUCUCGUGUGCUUUGAACUGACUACUCUAGAAUCCCUCUAGACACUACACUUUACUAUACAAGUCAUGGCGCAUUUAUUAGUAAAUGAUCAGAAAUUAAGCACAAUUAUUAAUAUUGCUGUGGCUGCUGGAUUAACAAGUUAUGCCUAUUGCAAGUACUUCAGUAGACCUCGAUCGGGUAGAUCAAUAUCUAAACACAUUCUACCUGGUUCUGAUGUAUAUGAGACUGAUAAAUUAAUAAGUGAAUAUCUUGUGUUUCAUUAUGGUAAACCUGAGCAACUUAUUCCUUAUCCAUUUGGCCCUAAAGAAGAUUUGGAUUUUCCAAAAAGAUGUGCAGAAUUAUGCUUGAAACAUUAUCAGCCUCAGGAAACAAUACCAAACAGAGCAUUGGACAUUGGUUGUGCUGUUGGACGAUCAACUUUUGAACUGACCAGAGGUGUUCAAGAAGUUAUAGGUAUUGAUUAUAGUCAUUCAUUUAUAAAUGCUGCCAACAAGCUCAAGAAAGAAGGAAAGCUACAGUACAAUUUGGUUCAAGAAGGUGACAUAGUUACAGAAACUGUGGCAGAGGUUCCUGCAGACAUUGAUCGCAGCCGUGUGACAUUUGAACAAGGUGAUGCCUGCAACUUGCCGUCCUCUCUAGGUCACUUUGGUUUAGUGCUAGCUGCCAAUCUUAUUUGCAGACUUAAUAAUUCUAAAGUCUUCUUGGCCAGAUUGUUGACUCUAAUGCCCCAACCUGGAUCUAUACUAGUUAUCACUGCCCCUUAUACAUGGUUACCAGAGUUUGCUGAUAAGAGUAAGUGGCUAGGUGGAUACAAAAGUGCUACAGGUGAAGAUGUUUAUGGAUUUCAAACACUCCAAUCAGAACUUGGACAGCACUUUGAUCUUAUUGAAGAUUUAAAUAUGCCAUUCUUCAUCAGAGAAACUGCCAGAAAGAAUCAAUGGACUGUCAGCCAUGCAACUGUUUGGAGAAGAAAAUAAAGUGUAGUUUAUCCUCCAAAUUGUUAA